AUGCCUAAAGAGCGGAUGCUACUUGCUAAACCGGACCAGACUGCCAUCAAAGAAGCAACGGCAGCAAGGUGGGCGGCUGGAGGAGGAACAAACUGGGCUGGACAAGUAAAGGAGAUGGUGAGUGGCAGAGACAAGAAGAUCUCGCUGUGUUUUGCGCUGGGAAAGGGGCACGCUGGCUCAAGGGAAGAACUUGAAGGGGGGCAAAAGGGAGGUGGACCGGGAAGGAUGGGAGUGAAAGGUUUCAAUCUUCAAUCUUCAACAUUUUCAAAACAAAAGAAGCUAGAUGAUAACGCAAUAAAGAAGAAUGCCGACUGGCAAAGGGACUUGAGAGAAAAUAAGAGUCAAAAAGCGAAGAAGUGUACAGUUGGAAGUUCCAAUUCGAUGUUUAUGGGUAAGAUAAAAUAUUCAGAGAGCCAAAUCGCCAAUCACCAGCCAAGUUUUAUUGAGAAGAUAGAAAAUAACCAGAUCAGACAACAGAGACAUAGAAGGGGAGAGCGUGGGGGAAAGAAGGUAAAAGAGAGAGAGAUAGAAGGGGAGGAGAAAAAAAAAAGAAAGAUACCUGAGAAAGGAAAGCAUUGA